AUGGAAAAAAUCAAUGAUGAAAGGUUGGAGGUCAAAAAAGUAAGAGCUCCGAGGUUACCGCUUGAUAUAGCUGCAGAAGUCACCAAGGGCCAACAACUGAAGCAUGUGGAAGUCAGCGAAAAAAGUGUUUUACCCACAGCUUCCGACAUUCGUCAAGAAAAAAUCGAUCUUCAGUUGAAAGAAGAAAUCAGAAAACAUGAUCGUGAUAAAUUACGACACGCAGACAUCAUUGAGAAGAAUGUUCUUCCAAAGCCAGAGGAUAUGUAUCGAGAGAAAGUAAAUGAAAAUUUGAAAGGAGAAAUAAAGACAUACGACACUAGCAGACUUCGUCAUUCUGAUGUUAUUGAGAAAAAUGUAUUGCCAACAUCUGCUGACAUAGCUCAUGAAAAAGAAGCAGCAUUGAUCGUGGACUUCGACACAGAAAAGCUGAAACAUGUCGAUCCGACUGUAAAAAUAGCACUUCCAUCUGCUGAUGGUAUUGUUCGAGAGGAAGAGGAGCUCAAAACCGAGACAAAUGAAGAAGAUGGAAUGAAACAUAGUUAACGGUCGUUCAGAAAAACGGAAGUACUCUUCAUAAAACACCUGUGUAUUUUGCAGCAUUCUGAGAUUUUGAUGCGAUGUUUCAUUUCACAAAAGCUUCCUUCCUAUAUUCCGC